CCACUACCCAGUAUGACAGUCUCUGCUCUUUUUCUCCAAGAAUUUGAAUUAAUAUCAAACACAGCUCUCUCUUUUUCCCCAAAUUGAACGAGUAGAAGCCCUGCUCUGUAAACCGUUUCUCGCGGCCAAAAAUCUGCAUAAGGGACUUUGGUUUGACAUGUCGAGGCGAACACUUUUUGUCUUCAAAAAGCUCUUCCCCGGCGGCGGGUCCACUAUCCCUAUCCGAUCUGUGUCGACACCAAUAUCCGGCGGCGGUGAUGGAUCAAUUUUAACCAAUUUGUUUGAUAAAUGGUGCGAGGACCGUGGAAAGAAAUAUGCUUCGGAGGAAGAAAAACAACGGAGGCUCAAAGUGUUUGAACGCAACUAUGACACAAUUAUUAAGUCCGGUAAUCGUGUCAAACUCCAUCGGUAUGGUUACCUUGAUGUUGAUGGCCGGGUUGCCUUUUGCGUAGAUGUUUUCGACGAAAAGAAAUACGCUUCUAAACAGAUGAUUCACUGUUACUGCCCACUUGAAUGGGAUGAAGUUAUACGGAGGCUUCACUUCAAAAAACUCAAAUUGGUGGUGGUGGAGUUUAGUCUUUCAUGGCGAGCGCCGAUUCUGUCCAAGACAGCCAAGAAGACUCCCAAUGUUCUAUUCUUGAAGCUGGACUGUGAUGAUGAUAUGGGGAUGCAAUGUGUUGCUCGGCGCUACAAGAUCAAGGUAUUCCCCUCCAUUGUGUUCUUCAAGGAGGGGGCUGUAAUGGAGAGGAUUCAGACUACGGAGGAAGAAGCUGUUGCAGCUAAAAUCACCCGACUAUAUGAUCUUCGUAAUCCUGUCGACGCUUAAGAUAUUACUACCGGAGUAGUAUUAUAUAUAUGUGACUUGAGCUCCUUAGAUGAUUUCCACCAGCUUCAUAAAAUUAUACUCCUAAUUAUCUAAUUACAAUAUUAGUUUAUGUUUUUAUUUAA